CGUUUCUUGAUGAGCAGUGGCUGGCUGGUGGCGAUGAUGACUGGUGUUGUUGGUGUGCGGUGUGCUCGCAGACACAUGCAGCGCUGCUGUGCUGUUGUGGUGUGCAAUGCUCGCGGGCAGCGGCCGUCGCCAGUGUCAGUAUGGCGGCGACACUGGAGCAUGGAGAGUGUGUCUUCGAUUCGACGCCCCAAGUUUGUUGACUUCAAGCUGAGCGACGAGGAUGCGUUGGAGGCCGUGCAGAAAUGGCUACCCAAGCUGGCACCAAAUGCGAUCAAGAAGGCGCUGCAAGAGCAGCACCCGACACGCGCUUUCCUGCCCUUCUGGACAUACGAAGUGGAGGUGCACAGCAAGUUUCGGGGCGAGGUUGGUGUCAGCCAGGCGCGCGCUGCCUGGGAGCCGGAGGCCAGCUCCUACAGCGUUCACAGCGACCAGAACUGGCGCGACACACAGGGCUGGCUGGACGUUGGCGACCGCCACUUUGCCGCGACCAUCCCCGAGAUGCAAGUGUAUGCCGGGUUCACGUUCCGGAGGCAGAAUGUGCAAGCGCUGAAAGGGUCUUUUGUCAAGGACGCCGUGGAGUUUGACCCAAGCGCCCACCAGCACGCCCUGGAGGGCGCGACUGUCUACCCGUAUGAGAUGACCCCUGAGUUUUCCUGGUCACUAAUUCGCGCGCGAAUCAACGAUCUGGAGGCGGAGAUGGCGGAGGCGGUCCUGAAGCAGUACUAUGCUGCCGAGAGCGUGCGUUACGUCCGCACCAAGACAACCGUCCUCAACUGCGCCAUGCAGGCAGUGUACAUGCCUGCCUACAUCUUCACUGUCUCCGCAGGUGACCGCGUGUUCCGCACGUUUGUUAGCGGGGUCAGCGGCGAGGUUGGUGGGCAGAAGAUUUACUCGAGCGUCACCCUCGGCACCAUCGCCAGUGUUGUCGCCGGCGCGGCCACCAGCGUCUUCAUCCCCGAACCAACGACGGUUGCGUUUGCGGCAGGUCUCCCUGGCGUGGUGGCCGGCGCCCUUACCAAGCUGUUUCCGGGCUACAUGCAGGCGCGCUACGACGAGCGCUUGAGGCGCGAGAUUGACAGGCAGCGCCAGCUCACACAGCGGGCGUUGGACGAAGGUGUGCAGUUUGAGCACCAGGCCCGCGAGCUCACAAGCCAAGCACGUGCAGACAGAGAAAGCAUACAGACAACUCAGUUGCCCGCAGAGGAACUUGCAGAUCCAGAGGCCGUGUAUGCUGCGCUUGGGCUGCAGGAUCUGAAACAAAACGCAUCCCUCUUCGACAUCAAGGAGCACUUUCGGCGAGCCGUGUGGCACGUGUAUCCGCAACGCCUGCAGUCGUCUACCGCACAGCGCGAAUAUGAGGCCAUCUGUGCCGCAUACAGGCGUCUCAGAAACGACAAGACUCGGUGGGAAUACGAUGAGAGGGCCGUUGAGGCGAGGAGGAAAGAACUGGCAGCAGCAGCAGAACAGAGGCAACAACAGCACCAGCAACAACAACAGCAGCAGCAGCAGCAACGACAAAACCAGCAAUAGUUAACAGUGUGUUGGCCUUGCGUCCAUUUGGUUGUUUGCUUUGCGUGUACUUGACCACAAAUGACAAAGCACAGGAAAAGCGCAAGUUUGUUACUUCGUCUGAAAAAAAAAAAAGGAAUGUCAUCGUCAUCAUCAUCAACACAUACACACAUUCACAUUCGAG